AUGGCGUCCCAGACAGCUGAUCAACCCGAUGGAACCGGUGUUCUCAAGCUGGAUCCGUGGCUGGAACCACAUCGUGAUGCGCUGAAGCGCAGAUACAGCUUGGUAAAGACCUGGGCCAAGACCAUCACUGACACGGAAGGUGGGCUGGACAAGUUCAGCAAGGGUUAUGAAACGUUCGGUCUCCAUACACAGCCAAAUGGCGACAUCACAUACCGGGAAUGGGCACCUAAUGCGGCUGAGGCUUCUUUAGUCGGCGAUUUCAACAAUUGGAAUGCCAAUGCCAACCCCAUGGCUAAGAACUCCUUUGGCAUCUGGGAGGUCACGGUGCCGGCCAAGGAUGGGGUCCCCGCGAUUCCCCACGACAGUAAGAUCAAGAUUACGAUGGUACUUCCCAGUGGAGAGCGCAUCUACCGACUCCCUGCAUGGAUCAAGCGCGUGGUCCAGGACCUGAGCGUGUCCCCAGCAUAUGAUGCUGUUUUCUGGAACCCGCCUGCGAACGAACGAUACAGUUUCCAGCACCCUCGGCCCAAGAAGCCUGAAAGCCUGCGCAUCUAUGAGGCGCACGUCGGGAUCUCGUCGCCAGAGACCCGAGUAGCCACGUACAAGGAAUUCACCAAGAACAUGCUGCCUCGUAUCAAGUACCUGGGCUACAAUGCAAUCCAGCUGAUGGCUGUCAUGGAGCAUGCCUACUACGCAAGUUUCGGCUAUCAGGUCAACAACUUCUUCGCGGCGAGUAGUCGCUAUGGGUCCCCCGAGGACUUGAAGGAGCUCAUUGACACUGCACACAGCUUGGGGCUUGUGGUUCUACUCGAUGUCGUACACAGCCAUGCGUCCAAGAAUGUGCUGGAUGGACUCAAUAUGUUCGAUGGGACAGACCAUCUGUACUUCCACGAGGGUGGAAAGGGCCGGCAUGACCAGUGGGACAGUCGCCUAUUCAACUACGGCAACCACGAAGUGCUGCGCUUUCUUCUGAGUAACCUCCGAUUCUGGAUGGAGGAAUACAGGUUUGAUGGUUUCCGGUUCGAUGGAGUCACUAGCAUGCUCUAUCUACACCACGGCAUUGGAACAGGCUUUUCCGGUGGAUAUCACGAGUACUUUGGUCCUGCUGUCGAUGAAGAGGGAGUCACGUAUUUGACUCUUGCCAACAACAUGCUCCAUAAUCUCUACCCAGACUGCAUCACCGUGGCGGAAGACGUAUCCGGUAUGCCAGCCUUGUGUCUGCCACACUCGCUGGGAGGUGUCGGGUUCGAUUACCGUCUUGCCAUGGCAAUCCCGGACAUGUACAUCAAGCUCCUGAAGGAGAAAUCGGACGGCGAAUGGGACAUUGGCAACCUAUCAUUUACGCUGACCAACCGGCGCCACGGCGAGAAGACCAUCGCAUAUGCCGAAAGCCAUGAUCAAGCGCUGGUCGGAGACAAGACGCUCAUGAUGUGGCUGUGCGACAAAGAGAUGUACACAAAUAUGUCAGUGCUAACCGAGUUCACGCCGGUCAUCGAACGCGGCAUGGCAAUGCACAAGAUGAUCCGACUGGUCACGCACGGACUCGGCGGCGAGGGCUACCUCAACUUCGAGGGCAAUGAGUUCGGACACCCCGAGUGGCUGGACUUCCCUCGCGCCGGCAACGGCAACUCCUUCUGGUACGCACGCCGCCAACUGAACCUGACCGAAGACUCGCUGCUGCGGUACCGGUUCCUCAACGACUUCGACCGCGCCAUGCAGCUCACCGAGGAGAAGUACGGCUGGCUGCACGCCGCACAAGCAUAUAUCAGCCUCAAGCACGAAGGCGAUAAGGUCCUGGUCUUUGAGCGUGCCGGCCUUCUCUGGAUCUUCAACUUCCACCCGACCUCCAGCUUCACGGACUAUCGGGUUGGCGUCGACGUCCCUGGUACCUACCGCAUCGUCCUGGACACGGACGACUCGGCUUUUGGUGGACUGGGCCGCAACCUCAAGGAGACGCGCUUCUUCACGACUGAUAUGCCGUGGAAUGGACGGGGCAAUUUCGUCCAGGUUUACAUUCCCACCCGGACUGCUCUGGUCCUGGCAUUGGAAGAAACCCUGUAG